AUCACUGACAUCCAGGAUAAUGUGCCUUCCUGCUCGAAGCCUACAAUAACACACUAUUUUUAGAGGGAGAAACUUGCAUCUGCAUAGCCAAGUGUAAAUAAUACCUUCUCCCUUUCCUGUUGUCAAGACAGGGAGAAUGGAGUGAUAUCAAUAGUUUAAGUUUCAUAUUGUUUCUAAACCGGUAAUUAUCUCGAGACUACAACUUCUGAAACUGCUCAUUGACUCAUUUUGUUGUUCUCUGUCUCUGUCCAGUUUCUGGUCUGUGGGAUGUGUGGAGUGCUGUGUGCUCGCAAGAGGACAGGUCUUAUUAUGAUCUUGUUUUCGGCAUGCUGUAUUUGUGGUCUGAUUGGUGGGAUCCUAAACUUCCAGUUUGUUCGUGCGCUGAACAAACGACCAGACUCCAUGCACUCGAUCCAUCUGGCUGCCAUGACUCUGGCCUGUCUGGGGAUCUCUUUCUGUACAUUAUCCACAUGGCUUACCUGUCGCCUGGCUAGCUCUGAGCAGCAGAGGAUGUUCCUGGAGAGGGAACACUCGCUGCAUCAUUCGCAUGAGAUGACCGAGAAGGAGAUCCUGGACAACUCCAGCAACGGUAUUCCUCAGAUAUCUUACAACGGACACACCACAGUAUCACCGUAACGUGUCACAACAGGUUACUUGCACACACUGAAACAGAGGCUGUUCAUAUGUAUCGCUUGCUGUCAGAAGACAAUUACAGCCUGCACUUCUUUUUACACAUCCUGUGGGAGAUGCAAUAACAAGAUCCUGACUGCAGGGAGUGGAUGGUCUCUCACCUAGGAAGCCAUUUUCUCUUCCGCCGAAG